CGUUUGCAAAUCAGCGAGCAGCUGAAAACAACUCGGUCCCCGCCCUGUUGAUACACCCUUGCACCGUUUAUAACAAGGGGCCUUUCACACGCUUUUCGUCUAUCCUCAAACUUGCUGCCGGAUCUCGGCUUUUUUUGCGCUUUCCUAGUCGCCACAAUGCGGAUCCUCAUCAAGGGCGGUGUCUGGAAGAACACCGAAGAUGAAAUCCUCAAGGCUGCGGUGAUGAAAUAUGGCAAGAACCAGUGGGCACGCAUUUCAUCCUUGUUGACCCGAAAGAGUCCCAAACAGUGCAAAGCUCGAUGGUAUGAAUGGCUCGACGCUUCGAUCAAGAAGACGGAAUGGUCCAAAGAAGAGGAUGAGAGACUUUUACAUUUGGCAAAGCUGAUGCCGACACAAUGGCGUACAAUUGCGCCAAUGGUUGGAAGAACUGCAGCACAGUGUUUGGAAAGGUAUCAAAAGCUUUUGGAUGAGGCUGAAGCGAAAGAAGGGGGGGAACUUGGUCCAACAGGUGACGAUGUCCGACGAUUGCGCCCAGGAGAAAUCGAUCCUGAUCCAGAAACGAAACCCGCCCGGCCUGACCCUGUCGACAUGGACGAGGACGAAAAAGAGAUGCUUUCCGAAGCGCGUGCCCGUUUGGCCAACACCCAGGGUAAAAAGGCCAAGCGCAAGGCGCGUGAGAAGCAACUUGAAGAAGCGAGGCGUUUAGCUGCCCUUCAAAAGCGACGUGAAUUGAAGGCUGCUGGGAUUGAUGUUCGGCACAAGCGUAAGAAGAGAGGAAUGGAUUACAAUGCUGACAUUCCUUUCUACAAGAAGGCACCAGCUGGAUUCUGGGAUGUGAAUGAAGAAAAGGAAAGGGAGGACCGGGAAAAGCGGGGCAUGACCAACGUGCUUUUGCAAAAGCUGGAAGGAAAGAGGAGGGCCGAUGUUGAAGAGGCCGAGAGGAAAAAGGACGCAAAGAGACAAAAGACCAAGAAGGAAUCUGGUGAAUACGUUCCCCCUCAGGUGAAGCGAGCGGCUGAGCAGUUGCAGUUUAGCGAGAGGAAAAAGUUGGUGCUGCCUGCCCCACAGGUUAGCGAGAGUGAGUUGGAGGAGAUUGUGAAAAUUGGUGCUGCGGGAGAAAAUGCCAAAGCUAUUGUGGACACCGAUUCCGCCAGUGCAAGUCUCCUGGGUGAUUACUCAACCAGUUUCCGCGCCCCUACACCAAUGCGGACUCCUCGGACCCCAGCCGUUGGUGAUACCCUGAAGGCUCAAGCACGUAAUCUACGGGCAAUGGAGUUUGCUCAGACACCUCUUUUGGGUGGGGAUAUCGACCUUGAAGGAAGCCUCGAUUUUGCAGGAGCCACACCCAAACCUGCUGCACUCCAAACGCCAAAUCCUAUGGCGCUUCAAGCAACUCCUCGCGAUAAUACCGGACAGUUUGGCAUGACACCCCGAGGGGCACGUGGAGCUGCUGUUGAACGAACACCGUUCCGAGAUGCUAUGGGAAUCAAUACUCCACGCUCAAGCGAAUAUGGUGGUUUUGGCGAGACGCCGCGUGCCGAGCGGCAACGGCAGAGUUUGAUUCGUCAACAGCUUGCAGAUCAUUUCAAGUCACUGCCUAAACCAAAGAACGAUUUCGAAAUUGUCGUUCCCGACGGAGCCAAGGCGACCGAUGAAGAGCCCCAGGAAGCAGCACGUGUCAAUGGUGACGAAGAUGCUGCAGACAUCGAAGCCCGUGAGCUUACAGCCCGGCAAAAAGAGGAAGAAGCUCGACUUGGUCCCAUCGCGACCAAAUGCGCAAGGACGCCGCACGGGCCCCAAAAACUCGAAAAGAAACUCAAUGUCGUUUUGGGAGGAUACCAAUCCCGUGCGCACAAACUGCGACGAGAGAUUAUUGAGCAAUGGCGGGUAUUAGAGGAGACUGUCAUUGAGAAAAAGAGUUUUGAUAUGCUCAAGGAGAUGGAGGAUGUCGGUGGGCCUUGGAGGGUUGAGCGGUUGAAAAAGGAACUUGGUGUGCUGGAAAACAGAGAAAGAGAGUUGCAGGGUACUUACAAAGGGCUGAUGGAGGAGCGAGAAAGACUGCGCAACAGGAUUAAAGAAUUGAAGGAACGAAAAAGGACUAAUGGACAGGUGGAGCAUGGGGAUGUCCAGCCCAUGGAAGUGGAUGCGUAG